AUGGCAGGCAUUGGCAGAUGGUUUGCGGCGAGUCGGUACAAUAAAUUCGGAUCCAACGUUUACUACCUCGAGGUGGUCGCCCUUACCUUGAUGCCAGCAGGACAGGUCAUAAACACAGCAAUCUUUGCAUAUACCGCGGAUGUUACGGAAAAGCAGAACCGCAGUCUCAUGAAUGGAUACUUAGUUACGAGCAUGGCGCUAGGAGGGCUCAUCGGAUCCACCAUAAGCACAUAUAUAUCGACAGCGACAGGAGAUCUUACAGCGCCACUCAGGAUAACUCUCAUCUUGAUCGCUCUCCUUGCGGCCUAUCUAUCGAUACUACCAGAGUCUCUCAGAUAUACCCCAGCACCCUUGCCCUGGAUUUCCGCCAGCAUUGGCGACGCCAGCGAUCGCAGACUACCCGACUCGACCGCGACAUCUCCCUGGGCUAUCUUGAGUUUUUUCAACUUGGCCAAGGAGGCGACAUGCAUGAUAUUCGACCCAGUCCUGUUCAUUCUUCCAGGACGUAUCCCUAAAUCGGCAUACAUGACCAUGAGUGCGGCACCGGCGAUCAUCCUGUCUGUUCACGUACUGACCGUCAUCGCCAACUAUGGUGCAAACAGUCUACUCUCCACGAUGGCUAAACUGGCGUUUCACUGGAACGUAUACGAAGAUGGCCAUUAUCCUGCGUUCGUACAGCUGUGCAUGUUCAUCACGUUUUUCGGCAUCUUUCCAGCACUACUUUCGAUAUACAAGUUUGUUGUUGUGGACAGUGACGAGACAGAUGAGCCGCAUGAAUCGAACAGCUCUAGUUGGUCACAGGAAACGCUCUUGUACCACAGCUCGGACCAGGCGUUGACAGGGAUCGGCGCAGUCAAGAUGGACAUGUUCUUUAUCAUCGUUGGCCUUUGUAUCAUGGUUCGGGAGCGAUAA